AUGGGCAUCGCCUGCGAGACAAGAUCUGUGGCUUCCCGUGUGCUUUCCUCUUCUCUCCCCAGGCUGGUGCGAGAGUUUGUGGCUCAGAACAACACGUCUCAAAUCAAGCAUGUGAUCCUGAUCCUGUCUCAGGAGUUUGCACUCUCCCAACACCCCCACAGCCGGAAAGGGGGACUCAUCGGCCUGGCCGCUUGUUCCAUCGCCCUGGGCAAGGACUCUGGGCUCUACCUGAAGGAGCUGAUUGAACCAGUGCUGACGUGUUUCAACGAUGCUGAUAGUCGGCUGCGGUACUAUGCUUGUGAGGCCCUCUAUAACAUUGUGAAAGUGGCCAGAGGCUCUGUCCUCCCACACUUCAAUGUGCUCUUUGAUGGCCUCAGUAAGCUGGCUGCUGAUCCUGACCCAAAUGUUAAAAGUGGCUCCGAGCUCCUAGAUCGACUUCUGAAGGACAUCGUGACAGAGAGUAACCAGUUUGACUUGGUGGGCUUCAUCCCGCUGCUGCGUGAGAGGAUUUACUCCAACAACCAAUAUGCCCGUCAGUUCAUCAUAUCCUGGAUCCUGGUCUUAGAGUCUGUGCCUGACAUCAACCUUUUGGAUUACCUGCCAGAAAUCUUGGAUGGGCUCUUCCAGAUCCUGGGAGACAACAGUAAAGAGAUACGAAAAAUGUGUGAGGUGGCUCUUGGGGAGUUCCUCAAGGAGAUCAAGAAGAAUCCCUCUAGUGUCAAGUUUGCAGAAAUGGCCAAUAUUCUGGUGAUCCACUGCCAGGCUGCAGAUGACCUGAUCCAGCUGACUGCCAUGUGCUGGAUGAGGGAGUUCAUCCAGCUGGCUGGCCGAGUGAUGCUGCCUUAUUCCUCAGGGAUCCUGACUGCUGUCCUGCCGUGUCUCUCCUACGAUGAUCGCAAGAAGAACAUCAAAGAGGUGGCAAACGUGUGCAACCAGAGUCUGAUGAAGCUUGUCAUCCCAGAGGACGACGAAAUGGAUGAGGCCAAGCAGUCAAUAACCCUGUCAGCAGAGCCCAACCUGGAGGAGCCUGUCUCCAAGCCAGAGGCAGCAUCCAGCGGCUCUCUGGAUGCUUCUGGUGACUCCAGUGUGAGCAACGCCAGUGUCUGCACAGUAACCAGCUCUGAGAGAAUCCAGGUGACACUCAACCUGGAUGGAAUAGUUCAGGUGUUGGAUUGCCACCUUCAUGAUACAUCCAUUGGGAUGAUGACCAGAAUUGCAGUCCUGAAAUGGCUCUAUCACCUGUACAUCAAGACUCCUCGUAAGAUGUUUCGACACACCGACAGCCUCUUCCCCAUCUUGCUGCGGACCCUCUCAGACGAGUCAGAUGAGCUCUGCUACCUGCUGGCGUGA